AUGGCGGCGGCCGCGCCGAGGCGCCCGGCUGAGGCCACUGUGACCCUUGAGGACGUUGCCCUGUACUUCUCCCGGGAGGAAUGGAGGCUGGUUGAUGAGGCUCAGAGACACCUGUACCACGAUGUGAUGCUGGAGAACUUUGCACUUAUAUCCUCUCUGGGUUGCUGCUGUGGAGGAGAUGAUGUGGAGGCACCCACUGAACAGAGCAUUUCUGUUGGAGUGUCACAGGCAAAGAAUCCCAAGGCAGCUGCCUCUUCCCAGAAGACCCACCCCUGUGAGCGUUGUGGGCCGGUCUUGAGGGACAUUUUCCACUUGGUUGAGCAGCAGGGAACAGAACACAGCCAGAAAUUGCUGAGGUGUGGGGCAUGUGCAAAACCAUUUUAUUUCAAUGUAAACUGUGACCAGCACCAGGAGGUACACAUGGGAGAGAAACCCUUCAGAAGUAAUGUGCACACAGCCUCAUUUCUGAAGAGCUGUAGAAGCCUCAUGUCAGGGAAGCCAUUUACCUGUGGAGAGGCUGAGAAGGACGUCCUGUCCAGCUUGGGAUAUCAGCAGCAACAGGACACUGAUAAAGUGAAGGAGCCAAACAAAGACACCCAGUGGGAACAAAGCAGAAAAGGUCUUUACACUUCGGGAGAAUCCAAGAAAGCCUUUAAUCCCCAACACAUACUUGUUCAGGACCAAGAUGUCAAUACUGGAAGACAGUGUUUUGUAUCCAGUGAAUGUGGAAAAACAUUCAGGUACAAAUCCUCAUUUGUUACGCACUGCAGAGUCCACACUGGUAAAAGUUUUCGUCUGUGUGGUGAAAGUGGAAAAAUUUUUAAUGGAAGCUCAAUCCUCAAUCAGCAUCGAAAAAUUCAUCCAGGAGCAAGGCAGUACAAGUGUAGCAAAUGUGGAAAAUCCUUAAGCCACAAACCUAUCUUUAUUUAUCCCCGGGUAUGGCACAAUGGAGAAAACAGUUACGUGUGCAGUGAAUGUACACAAUCUUUUAGUCCUAGCUCAGUGUUCAUACGUUAUCAGAGAGUUCAAACUGGAGAAAAGCCUUAUAAGUGUAAUGACUGUGCCAAAUCUUUUACGUCUGUCGCUGGCCUCAGUUAUCAUCAGAGCUCUCACACAGGAGAAAGGCCUUAUGAAUGUAGUAAAUGUGGAAAAUCUUAUAGUACUCGUAGGGCCCUUCAUUAUCAUCAUAGACUUCACACUGGAGAAAGGUGUUAUGACUGCAGUGAGUGUGGGAAAUCCUUUAACUUUAGGUGGAAACUUGUUCGACACCAGAGAAGUCACACAGGAGAAAAGCCUUUUGUGUGCAGUAAAUGUGGCAAGUCUUUUACUACUAGCUUCACCCUUCGGUAUCAUGAGCAAGGCCACCUAGGAAAAAGGCCUUAUGAGUGCAGUGAAUGUCGGAAAUCUUUUACCACUAGCUCUGGUCUUCGUUAUCAUCACAGUAUUCACACAGGAAAAAGACCUUAUAAAUGCAGUGAAUGUGGGAAAUCUUUUAUCUCUCGAUCUACCUUCCAGUCUCAUCAGAAAACUCAUUCAGGAGAAAAGCCUUAUGAGUGCACUGACUGUGGGAAGUCUUUUACCAGGAUCUAUGGCCUACGUUGUCAUCAGAGAGUUCACACUGGAGAAAGGCCUUAUGAAUGCAGUGAAUGUGGGAAAUCUUUUACCAGGAUUUAUGCCCUUCAUUGUCAUAAGAGAGUUCACACUGGAGAAAGGCCUUAUGAGUGCAGUGAAUGUGGAAAGUCUUUUCCCACAAGCAGUAGCCUCGCAAAACAUCGAAGAGUUCAUCCUGUAGAAAGAUCUUGUGAGUGCAGUGAAAUUGGAAAAUCUUUUACCAGUAGUGACAUCUUCUGUUAUCAUCAGAAGGCUCAUACAAAAGAAAAGCCUUUCAAAUGCAGUCAGUGUGGAAAUUCUUUUGCUUCUGGUUCCGCCCUUCGUUAUCAUCAGAGAAUUCACACAGGAGAAAGGCCAUAUGAAUGCAGUGAAUGUGGAAAAUCUUUUAUCUAUAGUUCCAAACUUCGUUAUCAUCAGAGAGUUCACACUGGUGAAAAACCUUAUAAGUGCAAUGAAUGUGGAAAGUCUUUUAUCUAUAGUUCCAAACUUCGUUAUCAUCAGCGAGUUCACACUGGUGAAAAACCUUAUAAGUGCAGUGAAUGUGGGAAAUCUUUUAUCUAUAGUUCCAUAUUUCGUUAUCAUCAGAGAGUUCACACUGGUGAAAGGCCUUAUGCAUGCAGUGAAUGUGGGAAAUCUUUUAUCUCUAAUUCCAAACUUCGUUAUCAUCAGCGAGUUCACACUGGAGAAAGGCCUUAAAAUGUGUUGGGAAUGAGCAGUUGUUCAGUGUGACAGCACUUGAGGAAACGUUUUGAGGAGGUAUUUGUCUGAAUUGAAAUGUAUACAUCUGAAUAUGCACGACGUGGAGCUCCCUCAUAAGUUUCAUUUAUGUGGGAAGUGUGUGUAAGUAUGUUGCACGUUCUGACUUGCUCAAGGCUCCUUCUAAGUUUAUGGUGCUGCUAGAUUCAGAGGCUAUAUUCCUUUCACCUUCACCACCUUGCAGGUCCACAGAAUUUGCAACAGUUCCAUCCCUAGUGUGCUCAGGGAAGCUGACCUCUGGUCUCAUGUGUAUUGUAUCAAAAUAGAAUGACCAUAGCCCUUAGUGAGUCAGUAUUCCUAUUAUGACUAAUUUGGACAUGGACCUGAGUCCAUGUGUUGGCUUAGAAAAUAUCUUGAAUUGCAGCUUGCAGUAAAAUGACUACGUGGUCCAAGGACAUGUUCAUCUAACAUGAUACUUGUGAUGAGAUAUUCCAGCUUCCAGUACAUGAACUUGGGAAUUGCCUGCUGCUCAUGGCUUUGGCUUGUACAAUAAUUGAGGCAUUACUCUUUUAAUUUGUUUUAAUCAUGGUUGUUCUUUUACUGUAUGGAGUAGUGUAUAACUCCAUUCAGGUUCUGUGAGCAUGAAGAGAUGAACAAUUUUUUAGGGGUCUCAAACUUUCUUUGCUUGUGGAGGGACUGUAUGAUGGCAGAAAAUACCUGUCCAGUUUUGACCAAAUUUGCAUAGCUGUCCAAAGCCUCCUAGGAAGGACUGAAAGACUUUCUUGUCCUCAGUUGGAUGCUAUGUGUUUGAGGAGUCUUAAAUAGGACCCCGAGUAGAAGGCAGGUGUGACAUCCUUGUGUACUUAUGAGAGUAGCAUGAUGUUUCCUUCAACCAAAGGAGAUAUCGCAGAUUAUACCAGCACUGUCAAGGAGAUAUCUUUCUUAGGUCUACAAAGUGUCAUGUGCCCUGAUGGCCACAAUUCACUGGGCUAGGGUCAGUUUGAAAGAUUGGGUCCAGGGAAAACCAUAGUUACAGAAAUACUGGCCUACUAGGGAUUGGAGGAGACAGCAGCCAAUUAGAUGGAUUGUGUCUCUUCUAAAUGUGCCUCCAGAAACACGUCUGCGACAUUGACUGCUGAUCAGUGUACACAUAUCUGAGGACCCCCAGGCAUGUUUAUCUUGUGUAGGUGAGGUUAUUGUCAGAUAAAAUAAAAAUAAUCAAAAGGUUUUGUGGGUUCCCAUAGCGGCUCAGUAAUGUCCACCUCAAAGACAUUGUUGCACAAUAGAAAAGAAGAAAAGGGGACCUGUGGUCUAGCAUGUGGCUCUUGACGUAGGCAACAUUCCUGUUUACUCAGGUGGAAAUGUUUAUUUCUUAACAUACAGGGUGUCCCCCAAAAACUGUAUACAAAGUGUCUGUAGAUUAUAUUACAUUUUGAAAAUGAAAUGUAUUUUAAUAAACACUGGCUUUAUAAUUACACUUUUUGUGUGUAUACAUUUGUUUAGGACACCCUAUGUUUUAUGUAAUUUGGGACUACUGACCCAUAGAGAGUAUGAGGAGAGAGAUGGUGAAGUGAAUAUAGUGUGAUCAAACCUAUUUUCCAGAAAGAU